GGGAGAGAGGUAAAUAGCCUUAAAUCGGAAGGGAGCUGCUUCUCUGUGGUCUUCCACAAGAGCUGCCUGGGCUCUGCUGGCUCAGUAAUAACUGAGUGACCUUUUCUUUUGCUGUAUUAUGUCUGGCUGGUAAGGGAUUGCAUUUUGCAGCUGAUAAAGCCCUGACUUCAUUCAACUCGGCUCCUCACACGCUGCUUUAGGUAAGUUGUCUUCAGCCAGGACGGAGACAGACAGCCUUGGACUGCAAGAUACUAAAAGGAGGACACCUGUAGCUCGGAUGCGGUCAACACAAUUACUUGGCGGAUCCUUGAGGACCUCAUUAUUUUAAACUUAAAGAAUAGCGAUCUCCCUCCCCAUCUCUCCCACCCCCUCUUUAUUUUUUUUUUCCCCAAACAAUGCUUCUUUUUGACCUUUCCCAAGGAGAAGAGCUACAAAGCAGCCACUGUGCUUAUUGAACUGCCUCCCCUGUAUCGCUUAAUUGAGAAGGUAUACAAAUGCUCUCAGUCCAGCCAGACACCAAGCCGAAAGGUUGUGCUGGCUGCAACCGUAAGAUUAAAGACCGGUAUCUUCUAAAGGCCCUGGACAAAUAUUGGCAUGAAGACUGCCUGAAAUGUGCCUGCUGUGACUGUCGCCUGGGGGAGGUGGGCUCUACAUUGUACACCAAAGCCAACCUUAUCCUUUGUCGCAGAGACUAUCUGAGGUUAUUUGGCGUUACAGGAAACUGUGCUGCCUGCAGUAAGCUCAUACCUGCUUUUGAGAUGGUGAUGAGAGCUAAGGACAACGUUUAUCACCUGGACUGCUUUGCAUGUCAACUUUGUAAUCAGAGAUUUUGCGUUGGAGACAAAUUUUUCCUGAAGAACAACAUGAUUCUGUGCCAGACGGACUAUGAGGAGGGUUUAAUGAAAGAAGGUUAUGCACCCCAGGUUCGCUGAUCUGAUGCCACAUCAUUAAGAAUACAAAGCACUAUGUUCUUUUAUCUUUUUUGCUCAACAUGUAUAUAAGAAAUGACACAGGAACCUACUGAAUAGCAUAGAUAUAGGGAGACAGAAUGGUUGCGUGAAAUAAAAGGCGGACUGCAUCUGUAUGUAGUGAAAAUUUCUCCAGUUCAGAGUUGAAUGUUAAUUAAAAAGGUACUGUACAUACAGCCGGAUUCUUUUUGCUUGCUCUUGGGGUUUUUGGUUUGUUUGGGGUUUUGUUUCUUUUUGUGUCAGUUGGCAUGAGAUGUUUAUUUUGGACUAUUGUAUAUAAUGUAUUGUAAUAUUUGAAGCACAAAUGUAAUACAGUUUUAUUGUGUUACCAUUUGUGUUCCUGUUUGCUUCUUUGUAUUGUUGCAUUUAGUACAAUCAGUGUCUAAAUUUACUGUAUAUUUAUGCUUCCUGUAUCUACCAGCUAUUUUAAAUGAGCUGUAUCUUUCUAGUAAAAAGAAUUAAAGAGCAAAUCCCAACCAUUAUGCUACACUUAGAGCUUAAGAAUACUGUUUACAUUAAAACUAUUUAGAAAACUAAUAACUCUAGCAGCACCUGCUGCUAAUGAUGCUAUGGUUAAGGGUCUAUCAGCACUUCUGUUAUAAGCCUCUAUUUUUCAGGGGUUAAGCAUCUGCUAUUUAAUUGCAUAGAUUUUCCUCAAAGAGCACUUUUAUUUUACUACAAAAUUUUGAAAAAGAAAUCUGAUCGGUUUGGGAUAUAUUACAAAAGGUGCAAAAGUUAAUGAUUUUGGGUGCUGCUUUUGUGCCCCUUAGGCAUUCAAAAUGCCUGGAUUUGAUUUUUAAUUUAGCUGGAAAUUAAGCCCUAAUGCAAACCAGUGCCUCUGGGUAUCUUAUUUUAUAUAUAUAUAUAUAAAAAAUAUAUGUUAUUUUUCUGAAGUCAUUUAAUUUUUUGAAGGGUGAAAGGGAGACGACUUCAGUUUAUAUACAUUUUUAAAAUUUCAUAAAAUUUGAGGGUCUCUCUCUCUUUCUUCCCUUUUUAUUUGUUUUAAUCAGGGCUUAACCCUAAAGUUUUCUGGGUCUGUGUACUCAACAAACCCUGGAAAAAAGUGAAACUAGAAGGCACUGUAAAUAGCCCCCUCUGAAGGUCUGUUUACAUUAAGGAAAUGACCCUGAGCUGACACUAGGAGAGUGACUGGUUACUAAUUACCCACCUCAGUGAAUGCUGAAGGUAAUUUAAGUGCUGAUGUAGAUGGGACAAAACUUUGAAAUACCACUACAGAAAGCGAGAGCUACCACACUUAUCUAGGCAGGUACUUUGCUGUCUGUGACAAUAACCUACAGGUUGUUCCCAUCAGUACUGGCAAUUAAAAUCCUUUUGACAGAGGUGGAGUCACUGCUGACAGCUACAGUUGGUAAUCAGUCCACUUUCUAGGAUGGGUGGACUUCUGUUUUUAAAGCCAUGAAGCUAUUGCAUCAGCAGGAUGUCCCCAAGUGCUCAUACCCCUGACAGAGCUUACAGGUGUUUGGCAAAGGAAAACAGGAUGAAUGUUUAAAAAGUUGUUAAAUUCAUAUUUAAUUCAUUUCUCUUUGCCACUGUAAUCUAUCUAAAUGGGAAAACAGCCUGCAUUAAAAAAAAAAAAAAAAAAAAAAAAACAAAAA